GGCUGCGCCUGCCCGCGGCCGCCAUGGAGCUGGAGGUGCCUGAGGAGGCGGAGGGCUCGGCCGCGGCGGGUGCCGGUGCUAUCACUCCGGAGGCCGGCGUAGGGGGACCGGACGCGUCAGGAGGUCUGUGUCCAAAGAAGACAGCCAUCACUGAGGGCCCAUCACUGCCAGGACAGCCGGGCCAGGGAAAGAAGAUUGGCCAUCGAAGUGUGGAUGCUUCUGGGGAAACCACCUACAAAAAGACCACCUCCUCCACUCUGAAGGGAGCCAUCCAGCUGGGGAUUGGAUAUACUGUGGGCAAUCUGAGCUCCAAGCCAGAGAGAGAUGUCCUGAUGCAGGACUUCUAUGUGGUGGAGAGCAUUUUUUUCCCAAGUGAAGGCAGUAACCUCACUCCAGCUCACCACUACGCCGACUUCAGGUUCAAGACCUAUGCCCCAGUGGCUUUCCGGUAUUUCCGAGAGCUCUUUGGGAUUCGUCCAGAUGAUUAUUUGUAUUCGUUAUGUAACGAGCCUCUGAUCGAGCUGUCCAACCCCGGGGCCAGCGGCUCCCUCUUCUAUGUCACCAGCGAUGAUGAAUUCAUCAUAAAAACUGUGAUGCACAAGGAAGCUGAAUUCCUGCAGAAGCUCCUUCCUGGAUACUACAUGAAUCUGAACCAGAACCCCCGGACACUGCUGCCCAAGUUUUAUGGACUAUACUGUGUGCAGUCCGGGGGCAAAAACAUCCGCGUGGUCGUGAUGAACAACAUCCUGCCUCGAGUGGUGAAAAUGCACCUGAAAUUCGACCUCAAAGGUUCAACCUACAAACGCCGGGCAUCCAAGAAGGAAAAAGAGAAGUCCAGCCCUACAUACAAGGAUCUGGACUUCAUCCAAGACAUGCCUGAGGGCCUGAUGUUGGAUGCAGACACCUUCAGUGCUUUGGUGAAGACGUUGCAGCGAGACUGUCUGGUAUUGGAAAGUUUUAAAAUCAUGGACUACAGCCUCCUGCUCGGGGUUCAUAACAUAGACCAGCACGAGAGGGAGCAGCUGUCGGAGGGAGCCCACAGCACGUCGGAUGAGAAGCGUCCCGUGGGGCAGAAGGCCUUGUACUCCACAGCCAUGGAGUCCAUCCAGGGAGGGGCUGCCCGGGGGGAGUCCAUAGACACGGAUGACACGAUGGGAGGGAUCCCAGCAGUGAAUGGCAAAGGAGAGCGUCUCCUGCUGCACGUAGGAAUCAUAGAUAUCCUGCAAUCAUACAGGUUCAUCAAGAAGUUAGAACACACCUGGAAGGCCCUUGUCCAUGAUGGGGACACAGUGUCAGUACACAGACCCAGCUUUUAUGCAGAGAGAUUCUUCAAAUUCAUGACCAACACGGUGUUUCGAAAGAAUUCCUCUCUGAAGUCAUCCCCCUCGAAGAAGGGGCGCAGUGCCUUGCUGGCUGUGAAGACGGCGGGUCCCACUGCAGCGUUCUCGGCCAGCCAGCUGGCCUCCGACAAGGAUGACACCCAGUACGACCUGCGGGCGGCCAGGAGUUACCCCACGCUCGAUGAUGAAGGUGCUAAACCUAACCAGGACAGGGAAGAAGCAGGCAGGCCAGACCUGCUCCCUUGCACUCCUCCUUCCUUUGAAGAAGCUACCACGGCCUCCAUAGCCACGACACUAUCGUCAACAUCUCUCUCUGUUCCUGAGCGAUCCCCCUCGGAGACCUCUGAGCAGCCCAGGUACAGGAGGCGUACACACUCCUCAGGGCAGGAUGGCAGGUCACACGAGGAGGUGCGGGUCGAGGAAGAGGUUCAGCAAAUCAGUGUUGAACUGGAGCCCAAGUGUGACGUUGAGAUUGUAGCUCCUGAAGAAGAAGAAGUCAAAGAAGAGGCAGCUUCUUCAGCCUGUGCCAUUGUCACAUCCACAGCCACCGUAGAGGUGGAGACAGCCAGCCAGGCCUCAGAACCAGCCAGCCAGGCCUCAGAUGAAGAUGACGUGCCAGUCACAGACAUAUACUUUUAAUCUCUAUGCAGACACAGAAGUCCCAGAGAGCAGCGAUUCCCUCUGCAGGUCGAUGUGUUCCCUUUUCGUUGAUGCAGCCAUUCCAGUGGGAUGGGGAAGAGCUUGCUGACACCAGUAUUGCUGCACUGCAGGAUCCCGGGCACUGCGUUUCAGAAUGGAGCAAAACUAUAACCAUUUAUUUCUACUUACCCCAGAUGUGGGCAGCAAAGAAACCACCCGCUCACCCGCAGCUCCUAGCAGAGAUUUCCAGCCGGGUGUAGAGAAUCCUGGGUAGUAACACAGUGUUUUCCAGAUGUGCACUACCGUAGCUACCUAUCCAUGUGUGAUACUGUGAACCUUUUUAAUUUUUUAAUCAUGUAUUUAUUUCUUUUAUCUUUGCACAGAGACAGCACAAAUGUGCUUUUUUAAACAUUUAGUUUACUGCACUUUUUUUUCCAUAUAUUUGUGCAUCAAAAAGGAGCAUGAGACUUCACUGAAGAAUGAGUAGGAGCACGUUGCUGGGGAGGGCAAGGAGCAGAGUGGCUUCAUGUGAGGCAGUAGUGUGGUCUGACCAACUGAGGGAGUCAGGAGGUUUAAGGCUGUCCAGACUCUGCGACGUUUUUUCCAAGAGGCCCCAGGCAAGUCACUAAACCACUCUGUGCCUCGGUUUCCCCCAUGCUAGUGGGUGCACAGUACCUGCUUCUGUUACAGCACUUAAACCCUGGGAUGAAAGGUGCUAUGAAAAUGAAAUGUAUUAAAGGCCAUGGAAUAGAAUUGCUCCCAUGUUACCAUAAUCCAAAGCAGCCAUGCCAAUUCACUUGGAUCUAAACUCUCUAGUGACUUCUCCUGUCUGUAACACUGCGGGACAGCACAGUUCCUGGUGACAGUGACAUGGACUCCUCAGCUCUCCCCGAAGUCGUGAUGGGUUCCACCUUCACCCUGUGCUGCACUGCUGCGCCACCCUUCCCUCUGUGCUUGGAGUCCACACUUCAUCCAACCGGCCACCACCUGCUCCAGCCCCACCAGCACCGACAGAUGGGAACUGGGCACCUCCCAAGCCCAGCCACGUUGGAGGGCGAGUUCUCCACUCUACCCAGCCCACGUAGGGCUUGUCCAGACCCUGCAUCCUCUUGGAACCACUCAGCCCCUCACAUGCUCGUGGGUGUACCCUGGGGUCACGGACAGUGGGUUCACAUGUCCCCUCCACCCCUCAGGGCAGGCAAUGAGACAAGGGCAUGUUCACACACUGGAGGCAGGAAUGGGAGCCUGGCUCUGCCACAGAAUUGUGCCAACUGCUGUGCUCGGGGACUCUUGGACAGAAAGCUGGGUGACUGGGGUGUUGCCUGGGGUCACGUCUCCUGGUGGAAAUCCCUGCUGCAGGUGUCUGAGAGGGUUUGCUGUGCGAGGGCUGCGUAAAGGUGAGAGAAUUUGAUGCCACAGGAUAGUGUUGAGGCUCAUCCAUCAGCAGGACACGUAUCAUAGCAUAGUCUGGAAUCCAGCAACCCCAUCCUCAUUUCCCAGAGAGAAAGCAGGAAAUUCUUCAGACCAGAGGGAAACAGGUCUUGUUCAUGUGCUUUAUGAACCUUGCUUGAGAAAGAGGGUUGAAAUCUCUUUAUUCCCUUUACAGUCCUCACUGUCCUUGGGAUUCCUUGUAGAGGGGUGGGUAAGCGGGACCCUGCUCUCAGGCCUCAGUCCCUAAAAUCCGUCUUCACAGCAGCACUCAGGAGUGGUUAUGUUGGGCCCCAGAAAGUAGCUGGGCUGAUGGGAAGCUCUUCCUUCUGUACUGUGCUGAACUUAGUAAGAAUGUUCAGGAUUUGAUGUUUUUUUCUUGCCCAGAAUACAGGACCUGGACUUCCUUCCCUGCCUGCAGAUGCAGAAGGCUGUGAGUUGUGCUUCUUGGGAGCACAGUCUGGGGACUGUGCAAGUUGCUGCUGUUUAUGUAUCCAUGUAUUUACCAAAUAGUCUUAUCAAGAGUUGAUCUCAAGAAACUCUUCCCCUUUCUGUCACUGUUUGGCAGCUCAUUCUCCCAGCUGCAGCUCCUGCCCCAUCCCACCUUUUCUGUGCCACCUGGGGGGACUGCAGGCCGGGGGGCUCUGGGGUUGAUGGAGGGGAAUGGGAGCCUUGCAGUACUU